CCAAAAGAAAACUAUGGUGGACGUGGAAGUUUGUUUAGUAGAAAACCAAUUUUUAAAAAACAUAUUCUAAUUAAAAAUCCAAAACGAUUCGGUUCAGAUAACCAGACGUCAUGUGGGAGGAUCAGCAAAACCCUGAUCCUGGAGGGACAGGCAAAGGCCCAUCGCCUCAGCAACUCACUCAGCUAAAGGAUCAGAACGAGCAACAAUUGGUCCUCAUUGCUCAACUCAAGGAAAUGCUCAGAAAGGAACAGAGCACUGUUUCGCAUGAUAAGGUACAAGAGUAUGUUAAUUCUCUACCAAGGGCAAAAAAAUCCAAGCAAAACAAGAAUGAAUCCAGUGCAAGCACCAGCACGUCUACAACUAAAAGAGUUGAUUUAGUAAGGCAACAGCUUGAGGAAAACAAGGCUAGAUUGGCUGAAAGAGGCAAAAGCCACAAAGGCAUUGAGGAAAUGGUAACCCAGUUUCAAGCCCAAAUAAAAGAUUCUGAGCUUCAAACGCCAACAAGUGCUUCUUCAGUUGACAUUAAAAGCUAUAGUGAAAGCACAUCCCAAAAAGAAUUGUACAACAUUCUAUUAACCAAAGAAAAACGAAUCACAGAACUAAUGAAUGAAAAUCAACAAUUAGAAGCUUCUGUAAUGGAUUUACAAGAAAAUUUAAAAGAAAAAGAUUCUGUUAUCGAUGCUAGAACCAAAGCUAUAACACUAAUGAUGGACAGUUUGAGUAAAAAAGGUAAAAACACUUUGGACACCUUGGACGAAACUAAGGAACAAAUGCGAAAAAUGCAAGAGCAUUUCAUUAAAUUAGAAGCUGAAAUGAAAGCUAGACAAUUAGGACUCUUAAAUGAUUUAAAAAUGAAAAACUUUGAAAUAAGUGAGUUGCAAGAGACUUGCAAUAGAUUAGAAAGUGAAUUGCAACAAAAACCUUGUCCACCAACAUAUAAUAAAACUGAAGAAUUUGAAAAUAGUGCUUAUACUUUGAAAAUUUCUCAAUUAGAGUCACAGCUUCAACAAGCUAUAGAAUCUGAAAAAAUAAAUCUAAUCAAAAUUGCUGACCUAGAAAGCCAAUUAGAAGAAACCAAAAGUGUUCUUGCUUCACCUUCAAAAAUCCAACAAGAAUUAGAAGAUGCCCUGACUGAAUUGAAACUCUUAAAAAACACCGGCAUGGGAGGAUCAGCUAAUAAAAACCCUGCAGAAAAUGAAAUCACCAAAUUAAAAAAGCAAUUAGAAGAAAGCAACAAAAGCAUGAUAAAAGUAAGGGCAAUUCAAAAGGGAAAAAUUAAAGAAUUAAACAAAAAGUUGGACCAGUUUAGGAAAAUGAACGAUGCCAACGCUCUGAUAGCUCAACUGCAAAACGAUAAUGCUAAAUUAAAUGAAAAAAUUGCAGAGCUGGAAGAUGAAAAAGGUAAUUUGCAAUUGAAAAUGGUGGAUUCUACUACAAGCUCCAAAGAUGACUUCCCAGAAAUCGAAGAAGAACUGAAGCGGCUAAAAGAGAAGCUUGCUGAAGCAGAACAAGAAUUAACUGAAAAAAAUAAACUCAUUGAAGCAGUGAAUGAAGAAAUGUUAAAAUUGAAAAAUGAUUUGCAACAGAAAAAUGAAGAAACCAUUAAGAUCAGCACACAAGUUUCAACAGAAAUGUCCUCUAUAUAUUAUGAAGAACAAAUUGAAACCUUGGAAAUAGACAAAAAAAAAUUACUAGACCAAUUAAAUACUUCAAACCUAGAAAAGGAAAUCAUUUUGCAAGAACUAGAUAAUUUAAAAAAGGAAAAACAAGAUUUAAACACAAAAUUAGAUUUUUACAUACAAGAAAACAUGGAUCUAAUUGACAAACUUGAAAAACUGAGCGCUGAAAAGUUAUCAUCAGCAGAAAGCAUCGAGAUGGUAGAAGGGCUGACUCAACAAGAAAAACUUGAAUUGGCUGCCUAUCAAAAGCACAUCAAUCCAGAAGGUUCCUUGGGCAAAUGUGCUGACGACGAAGGCGCUGAUCCUCCAGCUGAACUAAAUGAAAGUGUACUACAGCUGAGUGAAGACACAGCUGAAUUGUUGCAGAAAAUCGAGAUGUUUACACAGGAAAGGAAGGAGGUCAUGGUGAAAAUGGAGGGAUUAAAAGAAGAAAAUAACAUGUUGAAUCUGAAGAUUAAGGAAAUAGAAAACAACAGAGACAUUUUAGAAGAAACCUAUGAACAGCUCCAAAACGAAAAAGAACAACUACAGCUAAACACUACUGAAAAAAUUACAAAGGAAGAAGAAUCUGUACGAGUUUUAGACGCAGCUCUAAAAGAACUACAGAUCAAGUACCAGUGCCUUAUCCAAGAAAACGACGAACUGAAACGUUCACUGAAAGAAUUCGAUGCGAUCAACCAAGAAAAAUACGAUUUAGAGAGACGACUCAAAGAUCUUGUGGAAAAUAAUGCUACCCUGGACACUAAACUGAAUUCAAACCUAGAUGAAAUCAACGAAUAUCAACUAACAAUUGAAGAUAACAAAACUGACCUUCUUAGUUCAGCUGAUACAAUUCAUAAAUUAGAAAAACAAUUAGAAGAACGUGAAAAUGACAUACAAGAACUUCACAUUAGUAUUUCAGAAUUAAAUUCAGUUAUAAGUGAAUUGCAAGGUAAGCAGAACAACUUUGAAGCCAUGGAAUCCGAGCUAACUGAUUUAAAAGGUGCUUUAACUCAAGCAAGUGAUUAUGAAUCUGAAAUAGCUCAGAAUAGUGACAUUAUUAAACAACUAAAUGAUGAAUUAAUUACAGUAAACAGAAAAAUAUUCGAACUAGAAAAUCAGCUAGAACUUAAAGAAGAAAUAAUUAAAAACCUUCAAAAAAAUAUUGCAGAAAAAGAUCAAUCAUUCAAGAUAGUCAGCGAGGAUAUUAAAGGUAAAUAUUUACAAUUGCAACAGCAAUUGGAGGGCAACGAAGAGUCUCUGAGGAAACAAAUUGCAGAUUUGAGUAAUAAGAACAAGGAGCAAUUGGAAAAAAUGAAAAAACUUGCUGCUAAUUUAAAAAAGAAAACCCAAGCCUACCAAGAAUUGGAAGAGCAAUUGAGAAUUAUAAAAGAAGAAAAUAUUAAUAAGAAAGGCCAGUCAAAACUUCACGAAAGCUUGCAACAGGAAAUGUCUGCCAGUCUUCAUGAGGAAUUUGAUGGUGAUUUUUCCAAACAAACUAAUGCAGAUGAUAAAGUUCGCGAAUUGGAAUUAUUAUUGGAAACCAAUGAAGCUACAUUAAGUCAUUACAAAGAACGAAUUGAAAAAUUUGAGGAAGAUUUAAGGCAACUAGAAAAAGCCAAAUUUGACUUGGAAGUUGUCAAUGUUGAUUUAAUUGAAAAAUUGACUUCAAGUGAAAAUAGUAUAAAAGAAAAAGCUAUAAUUGAAGAAGAGUUGGAACUAAAACUAGUUGAGUUGUCUAUUUUAACAAAAGAUUUUCAAGAAACUCAAUUGGAACAACAAAAUUUGAUAAAAAAGAACCAGGAAAAUGAAGAUCUAAUAAAAAAACUAAAAAUCAAACUCAAAAAAGCCCAUGAUAAAGUGACUGAAUUGAAAACUUUACAAAGCAGCCUGCAAGACCUAGAAUUGCUUAAUCAACAAUUGAAAUCUCAAAUAGCUUCACUAGAAGACAACCAGCGUCACAUUCAACAAGAAAACGAAUCCUUGCAAAAGCAGAAUUUGUCAGAUUAUGAAAAAAUUGAAGCCGACUAUCAGAUACAACUAGAGGACCUAUUCAAAAUCAAAAAUGAGUUGACAAACGACAAUGAAAAGUUGCUAGAACGGAUUAAGGAGUUUGAAGAGCGGGAGCAAGAAUUUACCAUGGAUUUUGAGGAUUAUAAAGUGAAAAUGGAACAGAGUAAUAGUGAAGAAUUGAAGCUGCUUAGAGAAGAGUUUGAUAGUGAGAGAAGAGCUUUGAAAAGUGAAAUUGAGGAAUUGGAGAGUGAGAGACAAAAAUUGAGAGUUCAAAUUGAAGAAUUCAAUAAUGAAAUGAGUGAGUUGAAUGUGAAUCUUGAAGCAUUGCAACAGCAGAAUAGUGAAUUAUGUGCUGCUAAUAAACAUUUGGAAGAAGUUUCAAGCGAAUUUAAAAAAUCGUCUGAGGAUUUGUUGCAGGAAAAUGACCAAUUGAAACAAGAAAUUCAAGCUUUGGAGUUUGCCAAAACUAGUCUGGAAGCUUCGUGUGAUUCAUCUACAAAACCUGCAGAAUUUGAUGGAGUUUUGCCAGAAUCUGCAGCAAACUCUGGCCAGAAGAGUCUCAAUUUAAUUUUACAAUCAAACGACGAAUUUGAGGAUGUUAGAAAUCAGCUGAGAGUGACACAACAAGAGGUAAAUGCACUCAAGCAGGCAAAUGAAAAACUACAAGAAGAAAUUGAUGGGCUACAAUUUGCUAAAGAUAGCCUGGAAGCUUCGUAUGAUUCAUCAACAAAGCCUGCAGAAGCUCAGACAUCUGCAAAUUUCCAAUGGACUGAGGCCAAUUCCGAUUCUAGUCAGAAAAAUCUUAGUUUAGCCUUACAAGUAAUGAGUAAUGAUGAAUUUGAAGGUCAACAAGAAGUCAAAUUAUUAAAGACUGAGGUUGAAAAAUUAAAAGAAGAAUUGAUGCAAACAUCUCAAGUUGCAAUUUUACAAGAAAAUGAAUUAAGGAAGCAAUUAAGGCUACUAGAAGAAAAAACUAUUGAAAUUGAAAAAUUAAAAGAAGAAAUCCAUGUACUGCAAUUUGCUAAAUCUAGCUUGGAAGCUUCAUGUGAAUCAUCCCAAAAACCUUCCGAUUCAGUUCCAGGCAAUCAAGCUUUAGAAGAAUUUGUUACUAAGGAGCAAGUAGUCAAAUCUGAGGCAACUGAGCCAAGUCCUGUGCCUUUAUUCAAUGUUUUUGCUGAACCAACACCAACCACGUCAAUUUUUGACACUUUUGGUUCAACUUCUGAUUGGUUCAGUCAAGAACAUCAAAUGACAACUUUAGAGAAUCAAAUAAUACCUGAAACUGAAGUUGGUAUAUUGGCAAAGAUGGAAGAUCAAAUAAUUCCAGCUCAAACGUCAUUUGAUCAACUCAAAACUGAAUCCAUAGUGGAAGAUGGUCGUGAAGCAUUAUUGAAUAAAAUCAAAGCCCUAGAAUUUCUGCUUUACAGUGUUGACAAGGAAAAGGAAAUAGCUUUGGAGCAAUGCACUGAAAUGGUAAAUGCCCUCACUCAAUUAAUUACUCAAAAUUCAGACAAUCUAGAACCCCAAAUUCUGUCACAAGACGCUGUAGAUAAUUUAGCUUCCAAUAGUCAAAGACCUUCAGCCUCCAUUAGUCAAAAUUAUGGCCCACAAGCAGUGCCAGUAACUGAAGAAACUAUCCAACCUAAAAAGGCCUAUCUAUGCUUUACGGAUGAGGUUGAGUCUCAAAUAAUGUCCCAAAACGAUAUUGAAGAAGCCUCAAAUAAAACACUAUUGAAAAAUUUGGAAUUUGAACAGAGUCCUGCUGUUGCUGUAGAACCAGUUGCUCAUUCUAAGCAAGCCUAUUUGUGUUUCACCAAAGAGGAUAAGCCUAAGAGUUUGGAGGCUUUUGAGGAAAAUGAUGAUGGUUGGGGCUGGGGCCCAGAAGAAGCUCGAUUAGAAGAAGAACACAUCAAAACCCAAGAAAACACACCUCAAGCAAUUGAAGAAUUAAAACAAAUCAUAAAAACAUUGGAAUUAGAACGUCAUGGUCAUUUAGAGGAAAUCAAACAGUUGCAAAUUAAAUCAGGAAAACUGAUUAAAAAAUACAAAGAGCUCAAAGCACAAGGCAAAAAGUCAGAUGAGUUUGAUUUAAACGAAACCAUACAGGAAGAACUUAAAUCUCAAGUGCAACAACUAGAAAAGAGGAUUAAAGAACUCACCAAUGAACAUGAAAAAGACAAAUCAGAAAAACAAAAUUUACUAAAAAGAGUUGAUGUAUUAACUGCGGCCAAUGACCGCAUGACUGAAAUGAAGGAAAUUCAAGACUCAGAAGUGCUCAGAUGGCAAAGAAAGCAUCAGGAAGCGGUGCAGAAACUACAAGAGUCCGAUUGGGGCUUUGCCAGUGAACAACCACAACCGAAAACAUCAAACGACGUUUCUGAUCCAAAUAAAAUCAAAGAACUAGAGGAUAAUUUGCGAGAACUGGCUUUGGACAAUGAAGAACUUCAAGCGUUGCUUGAAGAACAAACAGCGAAACGAAUUGAAGCUGAAAAAAAUAAAUACAGUGAAGAAAUGAAGACGGUAAAUGAGAGUUUGAAUAAGGAAUUGAAUGAAGCUAAAGUGAAACUUGACGAAUUAAAAGAUAGUGAAAAUGAAAUUUCAAUUUUGCAACUUCAAAUAUCCAAUCACCAAGAGCAAUUGCAAGAAAGAGAUUUUAUUAUAAACGAUUUGCAGAGUAAUUUAGAGCAACUUAUGAAUCGGAAGUCAGAAUUGGAUCAGCAGUUGACCAGUGCUGACUUGAAAAUUAAACAAUUAAUAGAAGAAGCUGAGCAAGUCAAAAAAGAAAAAAGUUUCAUUGAAAUUAGCCUCAGUGAAGCCCAAAAUAAGUUGCAAAUAAUCGAAGGAGUUUUCAAUAAAGCUAAUUCAGACAAUGAAGAAUUAAAUUUGAAUUACGCAAGGGUGUUACAAGAGUUGCAAGGCAAAAUAAUCGAGGUGGAACAAAAUCAAAUGUUGAUUAACGAGCUACAAGUCAAAAUUCAGGAAAUUGAAACUAUGAAUGUAGAAAAAUCCUCCUUAAUAGACCAAUUACAAGUUAAGUUACAAGAACAAGCUAAUAGAAGUGACCUUGAAAAGGAAAUUGAAAUCCUAAAGUCAGAAAAACUAGAAAAAGACUUGGAAAUUCAAAACAAAGAACAAGAAUUCCAAAAAAUAAUCAACGAUUUGAAUGAAAAUUGGCAAUUACAAGUUGACCAAAGGGGUAACGACGUUGCUGAAAGUUGGCGUAUGCAUUUGGAAAUGGUCGAAAAGGAUUACAGUGUAAACCAGGAAAAACUCAAAUCUGACUUGUUAGAGUUUGAGGAAAAAUGCAAUUUGCUUGUGAAUGAAAAUAAUGAAUUGCGUAAAAACGUAGACCAAGAAAUACGAAACGAAGUUGAUAAAAUGUCAGCAUUGCAGCAACAAAUUUCAACACUGAGACAAACUAUAGUUGAAAAAGAUAAGCAAAUUGAGGAGAUUCAAAAUACUUUGUCUAAUUACUUAUCAGAAAUGGAAAGUUUAAGAUUUGAAAAUUCAGAAAAAGACAAUAAACUGUCUAGCAUUAACAUUAUAAUUGAAACAACUCAAAGGCAAUUUGAUGAAAAACGUGAGGUAGUUGAGGCAAUUGUUUCUGUAUUAGAAAAACAAGCUCCAUCGCCAAUUUCUUAUGAAAAAGCAGACAUUUUAGAGGAAUUCAAUCGUCAAUUAACAUUCAAUAACAGUGGAAUUUCUAAACUAAACGAAACUAUUCAGGAACUGUCAAGAACUAAUGGCGAAAAGGAACGCGAAAUAACCGGUCUCAAUCAAAUAAUUGAAGAUUUAGAAAAAGAUUUAAGUAUUGUCCAUGAAAAAGAAGCCGAAAUUGUACGAUUGACCAAUGAACUUGAGUUGAUCCACCAAGAAAAUAAUCACUUACAACAAGAAUUUAAUAAACUAAAACAAGAACACAAUAAUUGUUCAAAGACUAUUGAAGAUGCCAAUAAAAAACUUCAAGAUUACAACAACAGUCAAACAUCCUUACAAUACGUUUUAGACGAAAAACACAAGGAGAUUAACGAUUUAAACCAGCAAUUAUUGGAAUUAUCCACAAGAAAUGACUCAAAUAAAGAAGUUGAAAGUUUGAAUUCUACUCUUGCAGCAAUGAAAGAAGAUUAUCUAGCAUUACAAAGCUCUUUUUCUGAAUGCCAAAACCAACUUUACGAAACCACCCAGCAAUUAUCCCAAAACACGCAACAGCUUCAAAAUAAAACUGAUCACAUAGGUCAGUAUGAGCAAAAUAUGGCUUACUACGACCAAGAGAUCAACAGACUGAAAAAUCUUUUAGAGCUACGCGAAAAAGAAUACCACGAUUCAUUAGAAUUACUAAAAAAUAACCAAUUAGCAGACCUACAAACUCACUACAAUGAAUUAUUAUCCAAUAAAGAUAUCGAUAAUAAUACUUUGAAAGCUCAAGUGCAAGAAUUAAUAACUGCCAAUCAAAACUAUAGUGAAAAAUUGAAUGAGGAAGUGUGUUUAAAGCAACAAUUUGAAAUGCAAUUGUCCCAGCAAACUCAACUAGUCAACGAAGACACCAGACAACUUGAAGAAUUAAAAUCAAUUAUUGAAGAGCAAGCUUCAAAAAUAGACCAACUAGAAAAAGAGCUUUUUGAUAAAAGCAACCAAUACGACAGUUUAAUAGCUGAAAUGGACAUGGGACGUGCUCCAGUCACAAGACAACCAGCAGCAAAACCAAAACCAGACGAAAGUUUAUCAGAACCAGAAUUGGAUUUGGCUUUGUACAUGUUACACCAACGCGACGUCCGAUGCGAAGAACUAACUGUCGAACUAACACAGUUGUUAGAAGAAAGAGACACUUUACAAUUGCGCCUGUCAAACGCUAUAAGGGAAAAGGAGGAAUUGAGACGAGCAGGACUUGUUGGAGACGAUGAAUCGUCUCGGAAUUUGGAAACUAAUCAAAGUGAACUGUUGGAUGCUAAAAAUCCUUUGGACAAUGAGGAAAAUUUAGCUUCAAAAUUAUUUGAGUUAAAAAAUGUCGGCUACAAAAAAGAUAAGACCUUUGUAGACGAACAAGAAGCUAGAAGGUUCCAACAAUUAGCUAUAAUGCAGCAGCAUAUUAAUGAUGCUUCAAAGUUGCCUCCUGAAGCAGCUGCAAAAUUGGUCGAUGCUAGCUAUACAUUAUCACGAGAUGUUCAAAGUCCUUCAAAAGUAUUGUUGAAUUGGCUGUGGGGCAAAAAUCCGCCUAAAGCUAACGACUCAUAGCAUCUGCUAACUGCUCCGAGGGUGGUUUGGAAAAUCGAUUCUAAAAAAUAUUUGUUAUCUGUUAAAAGUCAGUUUAAAGCAUAGAUAUGUGACAUUCCUAGCCAAUGAAAUUUUUAAUGAUUUGCUUAGUUAUUAUUCUCUAAUUAAUAGCAUGAAAUAUUUUUGUAUGAAAAUUUAUUUUAAGUUGAAAAUAACUGUAUGUUCCUUGUACAAUGUUUUUCUUGUUUGAAUUUUUGUAACUGGUUGUAUUUUACUUUUUUGUUGUUUAAUAAUAAUAUGUAGAUAAUCUGAAUUAUAUAAUUUUCAAUAUUGU